GACAAGCUGGUCAGUUUGGACAACCCUCUUCAUUCCAGUCAGAUAAUACAAACAUAACAGAUGAAGAAAAGGUAGAAGUUACACAAAGGCUGGCUCAGUGUACACUAGAACAGCUUCAGCAGGAGUUUUCACUUACAGACAGGCCAUUUUUAGAAGCCAUCUUUAAUGCUUUGGAAUGUACAGAAAAUGACCACAGUGCUUUAUUUGCUUCAUGUUUACUUUAUGCCUUGGGACAUAAUGCUGUGGGGAUCAACCAGGAUCUUCUAGACACUGUAUUAAUGCCAACAGAUAAAUCAGAGACGAAACAUCUUUAUAACAUUCACUUAGUUGAAAGGCUUAUCAAGAUAAUCAACCAGAGCUGUCAGUACAACAGUUGUAUAAGGCUUGUCACACUGGAAAUGAGUGUUCUGUUACUGAAACAGUUAGUGCUGAAGGAUGGUUACAGUUUUCUUCAAGAUCAACAUCUGGCAGCAAUCGACCAGGCUCACGAAGAAAGUACUUUACUUCUUAGAAACUUCUACAAAAGUGAAGAAAUCUUCUUGGACAUGUUUGAAAAUGAGUACCAAGAAAUGAAGAAACGUCCUCUGAAUGUGAAAUACUUGAUGAUGGAUGACAAUCUUCUUCUACCACCUACAGGCACACCAUUGUCAGGUGUUGAAUUUCAUAAACGUCUUCCUUGUGGAGAAGUUGAGCGGGCACGACAGGCAAUCCGAGUUUUCUUCAUUCUUCGAGAUUUAACUCUAAGCUUAGGAGGAGAGACUGAAACACAGCUUCCAUUGACUAAUUUAAACAACUGUGUCAAAGUUAAUGAAGUUCUAGAUCUUACUCACUUUCCAGAUAACAGUGAUCUGAUUGCUUGCACGGUGCUCUUGAAAGAUGGACAGAAGAUACGUAGGUUCAUGGUGAUUGACAUCCUUCAGGUGAUUCUUGUUCAGCCAGACACUAAGAGACUAGGAUGGGGCAUUGCCAAGUUUGUUGGAUUUUUACAGGGUAUUGAAGUUGCUGGGGACAAAGAUGAUAGCCGAUGUCUCCAUCUCACUGUCCAUCAUCCUGCAUCAUCAACAGGAGCUUCUGGAAGAAAUGGACGAACACCCCUUCUUGCUGCCAAGUUUGUAUUUGAUGAUCAUAUCAGAUGCAUGGCAGCUAAGCAGCGUCUUACGAAAGGACGACUCAAGUCUAGGCAGAGAAAAUUACAACAAAUAGGCAAGCUAUUAGAACUCCCUGAUCAUACUCAACCUCACCUACAUCCAGGAUUGCACAUAAUGCGAGAAGACCAUGAACAUUCUUCUGCCAUACAAAGAAGUCAUUCUCAAGAUAUGGGUUUUCGCAGUAAAACAUCUUCUCCUUGUGGUAGUCAAGGCCCUUAUCGACCACUUUUUACAUCCAUGAAUCGAGUGCCAGGAUUUGCUACCAUGAUAAAGCGUGAACAGUGUUACGUGUCCAACUCGACUCACUGUGAAUCUGGAACAGUCGAAAGACAACGCAGACAGAGUGGAAGCCCUUCAGCAAAUCGACGAAAUCACUCAGUUUCAAGAUCCAAAGAGAGUUCCUCGAGACUGCAACAAAAUAGUAGUUCUGAAGAUAUUCCACUAGAUGACAUGUCUAAAUCAUGGUCUCGUCACAGUAGCCCUAACUUAAGGAGACAAAGUGCUUCUGGCUUACCAAAGGCCAGGAUCAGUGCUCCACCUAACUUAGCGUAUGUAUCAUCUACUGGUAUUGCCACUCCUCCUUUCUCUGGUAGAUUAACUGCCUCUUCAAAAGACAGUGAAGGCUUAGACAAGAAGUCCACUGUAGAAUCAGGAUACAAAAAUGGUACUGAAGAACCAUUUCAAGAGUGUACCACUCCUAAAACCUUGAGACCUGCUGAAACACCUCCAACAUCACUGGUUACCGGACCAGAAUGUGAAGAGUCUACUUCAUAUACUGUACCACACUUAUUACCACCAUCUGGUUCACAACUAUAUCACAAAUAUGAGGUUGUUUUACAAAAUGGAUUGUACAGUGAAGUAAACCCAGAAAGCCCUUCUAGUCCAUGCAUUAAACCUUGCUGUAUGAAUGAGGCCUCAUUUGCCGAGAAACAGGUGACCACAGCAAAUCAAGAGAAAUCCCUGGAGCUUUUGGAAAGAUCUGCAGAGAUGCACUCAACAACUCCAAACGUUUCUGAAGGUUUGGAUCAAUCAUCUUCACAGGAACUGAUGUCUUCAAAUACUGGAAAAAUUGACUGUUCUAUGAGGGAUUCAAAACAUGUUGCAAGUGUGGAUAUAAUGACGGGGUUAGUUCCUGCAGCAUCUCAUGACAGCAUUGAAAAACAGGUUGUGGAGAAGGGUGAUACAACAGAAUUAGGAAAAAGAUCCAAUAAAACUUCAAGUAAAGGUGCCGUGCACACAGUGUAGAGAUUAUUAUAUGUUUCAAAAAACUUAUUUUCUCUAGCUUGUUGUCAGUGAACAUGAAAUGUGUUUAUUAAAAACUAGAAUAUCAGUUACUAGUUGUUGGAUUAGAAGUUCUUGUAAAUGUUGUUUAGUAGUACAUGAGGAUUAGAAGAGACAUGAUUUGUAUAAAGGGCUUUUGCAGGAGAGAUUGUUCAGACCUUACUUCCUGUUGGUGAUAAGAAUGCUCAACUUAAUAUAACACUUUAUGCUGAUUUACCUUGUUAGUCAACAUUAAGUGAUCUUGUUUAGGUCCUCCUUUUGUAAUGUUUAGAGUUAUAUUUCUGAUGCCACAUCAUUACAUAAACUGCUGACCACCCAACACUUAGUCACGCCAGAUCAGAAGGCUUCGGCAUAGAGUCCAAAAAUAUUGUUGUUGCCCAUAAUAAUGUUUUAGGAUAAACUUCCAAUACCUUAAACCAUAGCAUGAGUUGAAGAACAUGCCUUACCUAGUUACGAACUUCAGAAAUUUAAUUUAUGGUUAUCAGUAGCAAAUCUCAAAGCCAUAACUAAAUGAUAUCUUUUUAUUUCUGUAAAUGAGUUAACAUGGAAAUUAUGUCACAUUUGCUUCUUAUAUAUUUUUGGUAUUAUUGGAAGCAUGAGAACUGAAAACUGUCCUUCAUUUCAAUUGUGUAUCAUUUGUAUUAGUAGGUUUCACUCAACUUAUGUGCUCCAUAUUUUACCCAGUAAAUAUUUGUAAGACAUGUACAGAAUGAACAACCUUCUAGUCUGUUCUGAAAAUUUUAGUAGUUUAGAACUAUUACGAAAAGGUUAUUUUAAAUGCUAAAAUCAUAAUUUGCUUGUGUAAAAGUCCUCACUUAAUUCUGCUAAUGUCAUUAUUUUUAUUUAUUAUUUUAAAAAAAUGGAUUCUUCCAGUAAAGGUGCUGUAUCUUCUGGAAUUAACCAGAUUUAACUUGCAAAUUUUUUUCAUCUCCAUUUUGACACAUUAAAUGUACUGCCAAUCCUGUGGGUGGCAAUCAUCAUGUAAAUACUAGAACUUUAGCUUGUUUUUCCACUGAAGAUGAAAUAAAAGGGGUUUAAACUAAUGUACACACUUGUGAAGAAAAAUGUACUUAGGCAAAAAGUAAUAACUGUUUACUGUAUCUCUUCUUAGUGACAUUGAAUACACAGUGCAUAUGUGUGUGUGUGUGUGUUGAUUGUAUGAAGCUUUAGUAAUAAAAGUAAUUGCACCAAGCUAUUUAUAUUUGCAUUAACAAGUAAUUGUUACUUUAAUAAUGAGGAAUCAACUUUUUAGAAAAUAAAAGUUUUGAGAUGGCUUAACUGGGUAAUGAAAAAAAACUAUUUUAAAUGUACGACAUUUGAACAAGAUUUUGUAAUCAUCAGGUACCUGUAGAUGACAAUCUUCUCGAAACGUCAUACCUAUAUAAAGUUUUUUUUGCAUUACCCAGUUAAGCUAUCUCAAAACCUUUACUUGUCAAUUUAGUUUUUUUUAGGUAUACACUAAAAAAACAGGAUACAUGUUUUAAUAUUUCAUUGCUCUGAAAGCUGAAUCUUGUAAAUUUAGAAGUUUGAAAGGGAAUACUUUUUUCGUAAUGGUGGUACAAAAUUUCCAACUCUUGUAUAGUGCUCUACAGGGGAACAUGUCCCCCAUGGCAUAUAUAUGUAUCAUAUUACAACAAAUAUUAAAAUAGAUAAUUUUAUGCAAGAAAUAUGUAAGUGCUGAAUUUUUAGAUUUGUGAAAAGUUGUAGAGAGGUUUUUUAUUCUUAAAAUAUUACAAAGCAUGAUAGAACAAAAUUAUAGUUUAAUAUUAUGUUAAGUAACUGAAAACAAACUGAAAGUGAUACAUCAGUUGAUUUUUUUUAAGGUUUUAGUUAGUAAUAACUUGUCAAGUUAUACAUUACUAGGGAAACCAUUUCCCAGUUAUUUAUAAUUUAGUUUUAAUAUUAGCAAUAACAGUUAACUGAUGGGCUAUCUGCCAGAGUUGUAGAUAUGACAUUUUUUCAUCCCUACUUUCACUCUUCUCGAGAAAUGUCCAUGAGAAAAUUAAUAGGCAAGAAUAAUGUAAUGUAUUUGUGUAGGUUUCAAAUAUCAAAUCUAGAGGAGGAUGAGGUGUUGUACUAUAGUAGUGUAAAUGGUACACGUACCAGGUGUAAAAACUAUAUAUAAAAAAAGAUAUACUUUUAUAAAGUAAAACAAAAAUGAUUUGAGAAAUAUAUGGAGACUAUUAAAGAAAAAUAGAUUUUUUUUUAUAACUGUCACCACAAUCUAAUAAAGUGUUGCAAGUUGUUUUCACAGUUCAGUCCUUAGCAUAUUUAAUACACAUAAGAACAAAUUUUCCUUCUUAUUUCUGGUGCUGCAACAUACUAGUCUUACCUACAGUUGAGCUAACUACAGAAACUAUUUAUUACACGUCAAAUUCAAGCUUUUACAUUGUAUCACAAAAUGUAUGCAUUCAUGGCAACUUUCAUUUCUUCGAAAAAUACAAAUGAUUGGUUCAAGUAUUUCUUUCAAACUACCUUCACUGGAAUUCUAUUUGGCCACUUAAUUCUUUUCCCUUUACAAUAAUAUUAACUUCUGUGCAUUUUUGUAUGUGUGUGUGUUAGUAAUAAUAAUAGUUAAAACAUAACGUGCAUUUCACACAUAUUAAUGGCUUUUAGUUAUUGAAGGUAGUAUUAAUAAAUCUACAGGUAACACAAUGAUAUGGUUAAAUAAUCCUGAAAUUCUUGUUUGCAAGUUUACUAAAAGUAAGAAUUGGUACUAUUUACAUUUGUUUCUUAUCAAAUUUAUGUACUUUAGACAAUGUUGUCAACUAACAACUACUUUGUGUUGUUAACAUUAUGCUUAUGUUUAAUAAUAAGCUGAGUAUUUAUUUUUACUCCUCUAAAUUGAAUAAAUAAAGAUUAACAUUUCUUUAACACCAUUGACUUGGUAACCUCUGUACAAUGAAGUUUUAUUUUCAAAUCUAUAAAGUUGCUAAUUGUCUUUUACUUGAUAACAUAUACUGACCAAGAGAAUAAAAUAAAGCUACUAAUAUGAAGAAAAGUAAGCUCAAAACUUGAAAUAUGAUAUGAAAAUUUAACUUAUUACUAUAGCAGUAACAUGUUGUAAUCUUCAGGUAGCUGAUCAUCAAUAGAAGGGAAAUAACUAAUAAAUUCCUACUCUUUUUAUAUUAAAAUGUAUUAAACCUUGAAAGACUGUAGCUAUAAUACAAAUAAAAACCAUUCAAAAGUU